AGUUCUUUAUUUGUAUUUAGUAGGAACAUCUAAAUUUUCAGUUUUGAGCAAGCCAUGCCAGUUUCUUCCACUGUAAAACUAAACAUCGGCGGAGAGGCAUUCAAGACUUCCAGGACCACGUUAAGCCACUUCAAUGGACUUUUCAAAACUAUGCUGGAAAAGGAUACUGCAACGACCGAAUUAUCGUUCCCACAUCGUUCACCGAAACACUUUGACCUGAUCCUGAACUACAUGAGAGAUGGAGACGUGCUUCUGCCGAGAAACAACAAGGAGUUGGCAGAAGUCAGAGAAGAAGCUGAAUUCUAUCAGCUGAAUGAGUUGGCUAGACAGUGUGACUCUAUUUGGAUUGUUCAAUAUAACAAGGGACCCCGGGAAAUGCUACGCAGAAUUGCGGGCAGUAAAAAGGAUAUUCUUGUAGUUUGGUAUUCAACACACAAAGAUGAGCUUAUAAAUUGUCCGGAAGACUUUUCGUUUCCAUAUUUCUAUGAACAAUACAGCGAUAAAAUUGAUGUCUAUUUCCAAAAAGUGGAGACUUCUAACCGCAUUGAAAAUGUUCCGUGCGACAGCUGCUGGUGCCCGGGUCGCAAAUGCGACGACAAAUGCCACAAUGUCGAAGCUCCGUCUUGGCGAUUUUGGCUGUACUCCGCAAACAGAGGCUUUCACACUUUUGACGAAUUCUCGAGAUUCAAGCAAUUGUUUGAGAUGCGAAUAAUGAAAUGGAAAGAUGAUUCUCAUUUUUGAAAUUGUUAUUUUCUUUACAAUAAAAGUUUAUCGUACU